AUGGGAGCAAAAAAACGUUACAAAGGUACCAUUAAGUUCUUCAGUUACGAACGGGGCUAUGGUUUCCUUGUACCUCAUGAUCCAGAGAUAAACGAAGACGGUAAGUUAUUCUUUUUAAUUUCAGUGUUUUUUCACUUCUCAUCGAUUUCUACACAACCUGGAAUGGUGGUCUAUUUAUUGCCACAGCAGAUUUGCGAAUUCGAGCUGGUUAAGGGACCAAGAGGGUACUUGGCGAAGAACGUCACGUCGGAACACAAAACGGAGGCUCGCGGCCAGAAGACCAACGACAUCUACUACCACUAUUAUCAUUCCUUUAGAAAAAUCAUGUCAAAGAUGAUUGAGGAUGAGAUUGACAAAAUGAAGGAGAAUAAGAAGUGUUGA